AUGCUUCUCACCAGUGUCGGUAUUGCCUUCGUUUUGUCCUUUUUCGGGCAAAAUAUUGCUGCGAUCCAGGUCUGGGACAGUCUAGAUGACAUCCCUACCGCGGUCCCCUCUGAUUGUCGAAAUGCCCUAACUUACAAUAUUACUUGCGCGAACAGCCUUGUUACUGCACAGGAUGCUGUGAAUGGGGCCGCACUGGUUGGGGUGGCUGCCAAGACAUAUUGCACGAAAGAAUGUCACGAUUCCCUCCAGACCUUCCAGGAGAGCAUCUUUUCGGCCUGCGGAAAAAAGCAGUACCAGUUAUACAAGAACAGCACGACAACGCAAUCGCCCGCAGUGGUAGCCGAUGGGUUGGUGUGGGCGUAUAGCCUGAUGUGUAUCCAAGACGCGUCUGGGUACUGUUUGGCUGAUCUCUACAAUCGGACCAAGGCCCCAUGUUCUGAUUGCACCCUGAAUUACGGCUCGGUCAUGAUGAGCUCUGAUUACGGACGCAACAAGUUCCCACCGGCCGCCUUCUCGUCAUUGCUUUCGUCUUGCAGCGUUCCCGCCUCGAGCUAUCCGUAUACGUACACGCCUUUGCCAACGGCGACCACGACGGUAUCCACGCCCACAGGCGCAACAUCGACCACCGCCCCACCGACUUGUACUGGUCACACCUAUAUAUCGAUCGAAGGGGAGACUUGCAAGUCAAUUUCUAAAGCCAAGUCUGUCAGUACCGAUCAGCUUAUCAAGGUGAAUAAACUUGACUAUUCAUGCUCAAUGCUCGCUCCUGGGACCCCGCUCUGCAUCCAAGACACCUGUACUGUGUUUACAGUGCAGCAGAAUCAAACAUGCAAUGAUAUUAUCAAAGCCCACUCAUUUGGAUUGGUGCAACUGAUAGGAUGGAAUCCGCCCCCAGGAGGAGGAGAGUUCAACCUCCCCAACAGCACAAAUAAAACAUCCACCGGGCUUCCGUCUUCUUUAAUUACCUCAUGGGUACCAGGAACUCCGGUAACAACAAUGGAUAAUAUCACCACUUCAUGGUAUUCGCCUAUCAUUGAUCCAAAUUACACGCCUUCCAUUCCCACAUUCACGCCAAACGCCACACUCUCAAGCCUUCUCGCUGAACGAACCAAGUACUGCUGGAUUACGGCCGAAGAUGAGAACAACGGCUUUAUCCCAGAGGAUGAUCUAUCGGAUAAAUGCUAUUCGCUUUACGAAACUUAUUGUGAUUUGGGCCCUACAGACCCAAUUCCCUCCGCAUCCCCGAGCGCCAUUCCUACCAGCUGCACGCCUACCUCGAGCAGUGCCAGCACAACAGAUGGCUCUCCAGCAACAACCACUACUUCUGGCAUCGCCACUCCAACGCCCACGCAGCCAAACAUGACAAAAGGCUGCACCAAGUUCCAUAAGGUGGUUGACGGUGACAACUGCGCGGCAAUCUCGAAGGAAUACGGGAUCUCACAAGCUGACUUCCUGACAUGGAACCCAGACGUGGGAGCCGAUUGUAAAAAUCUGUGGCUUGACAAUUAUGUCUGCGUGGGCUUGACACCGACGUCUACUAGUGGUACCCCUCCAUCCACAUCCACUACUUCUGGCAUCGCCACUCCAACGCCCACGCAGCCAAACAUGACAAAAGGCUGCACCAAGUUCCAUAAGGUGGUUGACGACGUGGGAGCUGAUUGUACAAAUCUGUGGCUUGGCAAUUAUGCCUGUGUGGAGGCUAGCCCAAGCUCUAACCCCAGCCCUACCACCACACUGAGCCCUUCACCGACCUCUGAGGUGACGCCGACGCCCACCUUGCCGAAUAUGGUCGAUGGCUGUAUUCAGUUUCACAAGGUUGAGAAUGGAGACAUAUGUGCAAGUAUCGCAACGCAGUACGGGAUCUCACAGGCCGACUUCCUCGCGUGGAAUCCCUAUGUGGGAGAUGGCUGCAAGAAUUUGUGGCUUGGCUACUACGUAUGUGUGGGUAAGCAGUAG